AUGUCCCUAUCGACCGACAACUCGAACUUCAACGGAAGCAACUUCCUCAUCGCUGUCUCAUACUCUCCUCCAGAGUCCCACGGGGUCAUCAGUCUCGUCGUCGUCUCCUCUAUCUCGGCGACUGCAGUUCUUGGGCUGCUGACUAUCAUUGCACUUUCCGCGUUCAACACCCGCAAAGAUCAAACACCAGGCCUGUUCGUCCGUACGCACGUCGUUGUAUACUUUGUCUGUCUACUAUGCUGCGACUUGCUCCAAGCUGUGGGGUCACUGAUGAACAUUGCCUGGAUCCAAAACAUGGCGGUCGAAUAUGGGUCUCUGUGUAUUGCUCAAGGUGUCAUCAAACAAGUCGCAGAUGUUGGGAUUGCCUUUUGGUCUUUCAUAAUCGCACUUCACACAUUUUGUGUCCUCUUCCUCCGCCUACCGCUCAAACAAAUCGCAAUGUGGGGUACACUGAUCGGUACAUGGUCAUCAAUCAUCGCUGUCGUGAUAGCUGGCCCUGCAACGAUGGAUACAGAACAUAGGGGACCAUUCUAUGGGAUCGCUGGCCAAUGGUGCUGGAUAGCACAAGAGUAUGACGAACAACGAGUAACGCUCGACUAUAUGAUCAUGCUCAUGUCCUCCGUCUUCAGCUUCAUUCUUUAUUCCCUUGUUUUCCUUCGCCUGCGAGGCAACAUCAUCGUAUAUGGGUGGCACCUCCGAUUUCGAUGGCACCAAGUCGAUGCGACGUGGCGGGGAGUUGAGAAAGAGCAGAGGGAUAGUCAUCUGAUGGUCAUUUCUAGACAGAUGCUCAUGUAUCCUAUUGCGUACACGAUCAUCAUCCUGCCUAUCACUGCUGCGCGUUUCACAAUGUGGUUCAGCCAUACCGACAACGUCCCCUUCGCCGUCACCAUCUUUUGCGAUACCGUCUAUCUCCUCUCUGGCCUCACGAACACAAUCCUCUUCUCCUGCACCCGCAAGAUCCUCCCACCCCGCUCUAUAAUCCCGAAAUUCCUAAUCUCGUCCCCACGCCCCAUCUCUCCUCAGACCACCAUCGAUCUCCCCGUCGGUAGCGAUCCGUAUUACGAAGGCUAUGCGGGCUCGUUCAUGACGAGGUCGUCGAUCGAGAAAGGGUACGGCGGUGGAAACGUCAAAGAUGAGGCUCGUAAUGCUGGAAACAAGGCUGCGAGUUUGGACAUGGAUCUGGAUACGGAGAAGGGUGGGUUUGAUUCGGAUGCAGAGGAGGUUGACGUGAACGGACACAUGGACGGACACGGCCAUAUAAAGGCAUUCGAGGUGGCAAAGGCAGGAUUGGAGCAUGAUGUCGAGGAUAGUGCGAUUCCUGGAUGGGAGACGGAUCUGAAGGAGGUCGGGUCGCCUUUGCAAAGGGCACCGAGUUAAGCAGGCCUCCUACAGUUCAUACUCCCGAAGAUUUCAUUCGGUUGCGGUAUGUUUGGAUUAGCGUUGUUUGUACGCUGUUGUUGUAAGUUAU